UUAGAAGUCAGUCAGACUGAAGAAGUGAAUCUGCUGAACCUGCAGGAAGAAAAGACGACAGGAAGACAGAUUUCACAAGCUGCAGAAGAGAAGCAACCAUCGACAAAUUCAGACCCAAUAUCUGACAGAUCAACUCCUGAUACCAGAGGUUUGACCAGAACACUGAGAGGGAAUGUCUACAGAACGCUGACAGAACAUCUGGACAACACAGAGAGAACAUCUGGCUGAGUCCUGAAGAAUCCACUGAGUUGGUUUCAUCUGUUUGAUGAUCAGGAUUCUGAUUGCCACCGCUUCUCCUCGUUGGUUCUUCAGCCCGGCUCUUCAGCAGCUGAUUGGUUCUCCAGAGGAAGAUGGCCAUCAGCUCACCCAAAGACAAGUACGGUGGCGUGUGGUUGAUCUUCUUCAUGCUCGGGUUGGGAACGUUGCUGCCAUGGAACUUCUUCAUGACUGCGACUGUGUACUUCACCGGCCGUCUGAAGGACUCCUCAUUGGAUGUUUCUUCAGCCAAUCAGACGGAGGCAGCAGGUGAGCAGCGCAGUGUCUUGGAGGCCAAAUUCAACAACGUGAUGACGCUGUGCGCGAUGCUGCCGCUGCUGCUCUGCACCUGCCUCAACUCCUUCCUCCACUCGCUUAUUCCUCAGCGUCUGCGGGUGAUGGGCAGUCUGCUUGUGAUCAUGUUCGUCUUCGCCGUCACCGCCGUCCUUGUCAAAGUUCCUCUGGAGCCGCUGCCCUUCUUCUCCGUUACCAUGGUGAAGAUCGUCAUCAUCAACUCCUUUGGAGCCGUGCUACAGGGCAGUCUUUUCGGGAUGGCUGGGUUGCUGCCGGCUUCCUAUACGACUCCCAUCAUGAGCGGUCAGGGACUCGCCGGAACCUUCGCUGCCUUCGCCAUGAUCUGCGCCAUCGCAAGUGGAUCUGAGAUGCAGGAAGCUGCCUUCGGUUAUUUCAUCACCGCCUGUGCAGUGAUCUUUCUCUCAGUGUUGUCCUACAUCCUGCUGCCCAGACUGGAGUUCUUCCAGUUUUAUCAGGAGAGAAACCAGAAGCAGACGACAUCAGAUGAGGAGCAGAACUCAGUGAGUCUGAUGAACCGAGAGAAUAAAGACGAAGCUGCUGACCAGAAGAUACAGGACGUCUCCAUGAUGAACAUCUUUAAGAAGAUCUGGAUUCUGGCACUGUCGGUCUGCUUCACCUUCACCAUCACCAUCGGCACGUUUCCUGCCAUCACGGCUGACACUCAGUCCACCCUCGCUGACGUCGGCAGCUGGGACCUCUACUUCAUCCCAGUCAGCUGUUUCCUGCUCUUCAACCUGUCUGACUGGGGAGGGCGGAGCUUAACAGCCAUCUGUAUGUGGCCAGGAAAACACAGCAGGAUUCUUCCGGUGCUCAUCUUGUGUCGUCUAGCCUUCGUUCCACUCUUCAUGUUGUGCAACGUCCAACCUCGUCUCCACCUGCCCAUCUUUUUCCACCAUGAUGGUUUCUUCAUCGUCUUCAUGAUCCUCUUCGCCUUCACUAAUGGAUACCUGGCCAGCCUCUGCAUGUGCUACGGCCCAAAGAAUGUUCUUCCUCACGAGGCAGAAACAGCCGGAGCCAUCAUGGCCUUCUUCCUGUCUCUGGGUCUGGCUCUGGGAGCUGCUCUGUCCUUCCUCCUCAGAGCUCUGGUCUAACUGGGAAAGACCAGACUCAUACUGGUCUAACUGGGAAAGACCAGACUUAUACUGGUCUAACUAGGAAAGAUCAUACUGGUCUAACUGGGAAACCUCCUUUUUCCACUGGUCUAACUGGGAAACCUCCUUUUUCCAGUGGUCUAACUGGGAACAUGAGACUAUGAGCUUUUGAAAACAAACACAUUAUUCAUUGCUGCUCUAACUGAGAAACUUCCUCUUUGUGACUGGACUCAGCCAGUUCCUUACUGGUCUGACUAGGAGGAACUUACUGGUGCACCUGUCAGACCUCCAGAUGAUGAACCACCACUACAUCCAUUUUUUCUGCUUCAAAAUGAACAUGAAACUCUGACAGCUUUGUACAGCAAAUGGUCACUUUAGUUUUUAUUUUGAUGAUGCUAGUGUGACAGGAAGUUGUGUGCGGUUUUUCAAACUAUCUACAGUAAACAUUAACCGGUAAAUCCUGAAAUAUUGAAUAUUUAUAGAGACGUACGGAUAUAGGACAGAUUCUAGCCAACUGACAGCAGAACGAGAACUGAUCAAACAACCAACAACUUCUGCUGAUGUUUUACCUCCUGAAAUAUUCAGUCAGAAGUUGGAUGUUUCUUGGGUUUGAUGUUUUUAAAGAUCAAGUUGUGUUUUUGGUUUCAUGUCUAAGAACAAAAGAGAAACAUCUGAUUCUGUGAAACACAUUCAGCCCUUAUUACAUCGCAGCUUUAUUCCUGUUUAUUAAAUGUGAGAAAAUUCCAUAUCUGUGGAAACAUGGAGCUAAACAUGGAACUUUUUUUCCUCUGAGGAAACUCUAUCUUUAGGGUGACAUUCUGUGUUGUUUUACAGCUGUAAAUAUUCAUUUCAUGUCAGACUUUUCUCACCCGCCUGACUCAGGUGUUUUCUGUAAUAAACAUGAGCUGUAUUGUUUUCA